UAGCGCGGUUAUGGAGAUCAAACAUGACCGAAGGCAUACUUUUUAUAUACAUGCUUGAUGUGGGACUUUCCCGCAAUUCCCAACCUCAAAACCCUCGAUUUCUCCCUGCAACAUUCGUUGUACCUACGGACGACCUGCGGGCUUAGCUGGUAGUUGAGAGUAAACGAUGUGUAAACCUACAUUUAUAGCCAAUGGAAGUGUCUAAGCCUAAGGAAUAGCAGUUUAUCAAAGCUUAGUUAAGAAAAAGAAACUGAAGAUGGAUGAUGUGAUUCCACUGGCAUCAAGUGAGCCCCCAGUGAUUCGCCGGGGUUCGGCAGAUGCCAGCGUUGGAGAUACAACUUUCACUCCAAGAACCUAUCAGGUGGAAUUGUUAGAGGCUGCACUUAAACAGAACACCAUUGUGUGUUUGCAAACAGGGACGGGUAAGACCUUUAUUGCUGUGAUGCUCAUCAAAGAACUUGCGCAUCAAAUACGCAAAGCCUUUGAUGAAGGCGGUAAACGCACCUUGUUUCUUGUAAAUACAGUGCCUUUGGUGAACCAACAAGCUGAGGUAAUAAAAAAACAUACUAAUUUGGAGGUGGGCAAGUAUGUUGGUGCAAUGAAUGUGGAUCUGUGGCAGAAAGAUCAAUGGUUGGAGGAAUUCCAAAACAACCAAGUUCUUGUGAUGACUGCCCAAAUAUUCAAAGACAUUCUUCAGCAUGGAUACAUGGGUCUUUCAAAAGUCAACCUGAUGAUAUUUGAUGAAUGUCACCAUGCUGUAAAGAAUCACCCAUACCGAGAGAUCAUGCGCUUUUUUGACAUAUGUCCAAAAAAGGACUAUCCGCGUGUAAUGGGUCUCACUGCUUCCAUUUUGAAUGGGAAAUGUGAGCCUCGUAAACUUGAAGAUAGAUUAUGCGACCUUGAACUAACCCUGAGGAGUGCAGCUGAAACAGCUAAUGAUGUUGCUGCCAUGAGUCGGUACGGCACCCGCCCUAAGGAGUACAUUGUACAUUGUGACGUUUACAAGGAUGAAAGUGGUUUGUUUCAAGAAAUUAAUGACAUCCUGAUGAAGACUUUAGAUUUUUUCAGCAACUAUGGAGGAGAAGUUGAUGGUGAGAGGGAUCGGGAUCCCAGAAUCCAACCAAAACAAGCCAUUUCAGAAUGUCAUAGUACACUGUAUACCAUUGGUCCAUUAGGGGUGAAGAUAGUUGUUCCAAUGCUUGUAGCAGAACUUGAAAAAUUAGAAAAACAUGAGUUUAUGGAAUUAAACAGAUUGUUUAUUCAAACUGCUCUUACAACCCUCAAAUGGGUUAAAAUGCUUUGUGAUGAAAAGAUUAAAAAUAAAAAAGAUCAAACCAGCUUAGAGUUUGUGCCGCAUAAAGUAGUACGACUACUUGAAGUACUUAAGGAGUUUCGUCCUGAUGAAGAAAUGAUGGUUGAUGGAGCAAAUUCUUGUGCCGGUCACAGAGAAUCUACAAAUGGAAAGGCAAUGCCUUUGGACACCAUGAAUGGGACCAUUGACCCAGAUGAAGAUAGCAAUGAUGAGGAUUACGAACCUCCAUGUGGACCUGCUUUUGUAGAAGGCGAUCUUUGUGGCGUUGUGUUUGUUGAAAAGCGUUAUACUGCUGCAGUAUUAAAUAAACUAUUAAGACAUAUUCAAAAGUCUGAUAGUAACUUGCAACACGUUAAGAGCGAUUAUAUAACAGGGCAAGGGCGUGCAUCUCUGUCAAAUCGAAGUAUACAGACAGAAGUACAGUUCAAGAAACAGGAAGAAAUUCUUCGACGAUUCCGACGCCAUGAAACUAAUCUCCUGUUUGCAACAAGUGUCAUUGAAGAAGGUGUUGAUGUACCACGUUGUAAUGUAGUUGUGCGGUUUGACUUACCGAAACAUUACCGGUCUUAUACUCAAUCCAAAGGCCGAGCGAGGGCAGCUGAUUCAUUUUACAUCAUGCUCACUGAUGUCUCAGAAAGUGAAGAAUUUCAAGAGGAUCUUCAUCAGUUCAGGGAGAUUGAUAAGAUACUGCAAAAGCGUUGCCACAAUAGGGAACCCCACACGGAAGAGAAGAUGGACAUGCAUAUCGCAGACAAUCUGCUUCCACCAUAUAUGCCACGCAAAGAGGAAGGCGCUCCACGUGUUUCAAUGACUUCUGCAAUUUCAUUAGUUAACAGAUAUUGUGCAAAGUUACCAGGAGAUAGCUUCACACACCUGACACCCCAAUGUAAAGUGGUGCAGGUGAAUCAAGGCAAUCCACCUGUCUAUCAAGCCACCUUGUGCUUGCCAAUCAAUGCCCCAAAUAGAGAUCCCAUUGUUGGUGUUGAAAUGCCUCGUAAGAAGUAUGCAGAGAUGGCUGUUGCCCUGAAGACAAUUGAGAUGCUGCAUAAACAAGGAGAGCUGAGUGAUCGAUUGUUACCAAUCGAGAAAAAUGCAUUCCUAGAGUCUGAGAAUUUUGGAUAUAAAUCCUUUGAAGAGGAGUAUGUUGAAGGCCAGGCUAGGCCAGGUACAACCAAACGAAGACAGUAUUACAAUAAACAGGUGGCAAGAUGUCUUGAAGCUUGUCAUCCAGAUGCAAAAAAGCCCUGCUAUUUAUAUGCAAUUAUUAUGGAAACCAAAGAGUUGUUACCCAAUGUGUUGAACACAAGAGGUCGCAAGUUGCACAGGCCAGAAGAUUCAUCUCAAGGCUUUGGAAUCCUGACAAGCAAACCAAUUCCUAGGAUUCCAGGCUUUCCAAUUUACACCAGAAGUGGUCAAAUUGCUGUCACCAUCAGUGUAGUUAAAGAAAACAUGCAGAUCACAGAAGUGAUGGUAAAGCAUUGUGAGCGAUUCCAUUGCUGUAUGUUCUCAGAGGUGUUGCGGCUACAGAAGGGAAACUUGUCGUUUGAGCCAACAUCAGCCCCUUCGGCUUACCUUAUUGUGCCUUUAAUUUCUGACGGUGGAGGAAACGAAAAUAUACGAAUAGACUCCAAAUUCCUUGAAAAAAUUAGCAGACAAUCUGGUGCACUUGAUAUGCCAUCUAUUCUACCGGAAUUUGGCUCCAAAAAAUUUGAAUUUGUGGCAGAUCAUUUUGAAGGAGCUGUGGUGGCACCAAUUUAUCGUAAUGUUGACCAGCCACAGAGAUUUUAUGUUGCUAAAAUCUGUGAUGACCAAACUGUCUCCAGUGAUUUUCCCUCAGAGAAGUACAGAACAUUUACUGAUUACUAUUUUGAGCAGUACGACAUUGAGGUGACCAACUUCAGACAGCCAUUGUUGGAUGUAGACUCAAUGGCAUCAAGACUGAAUCUUCUAACACCAAGGUACCUAAAUCACAAAGGGAAAGCACUGCCCAUUAGUACUGGAGAAAAAAAGGCAGCAUCUCAAAAACAGCAACUUCUGGUGCCUGAGUUCUGCUAUAUUUACCCAAUCGAUGCAGCUCUUUGGCGCAAAUGCAUUUGCCUUCCAAGUAUCUUGUACCGAAUGAAUUCCUUGUUAAUUGCAGAAGAGCUGCGGAUGCAAGUAUCUGUUGAAGCAGGAAUUGGAGUUAAAACAUUUGGAUUGGAUUACCCCUUUCCAAACUUAACAUUUGGGUGGGAAGGUCUCAAUCUGGAUGGACCAAGUACCACACAAUUAGGUGGAAAGCAAAAUGGCUUGAAUGAACAUGAAAAGGAGACAAGCAUAUCAGUAGAUCAGAAUAAACAUUCAGUUGAAGUUGAAGAGGGAGAAAUUGACCCCUUAGAGGAUCAAGUUGUCAUGUUAAACUUACCAGAAAAACAAAAUCUUUUGAAUGGUUUUGAAGAGGGAGAAAUUGAAGAAGGUGAGACCAAAGAAAAGUUGUUUCUGAAGGCAUCAUUGGAGGAUUUUGACAAUGAUCCUGCAUCCUGUAUUGGUGCAAGCCCAGCCACAAUUCUGCAGGCUCUGACAAUGUCAAAUGCAAAUGAUGGUUUUAACCUGGAACGUCUGGAGAUGCUUGGUGACUCAUUCCUAAAACAGGCUGUCACUAUUUACCUCUAUUGCAUGUAUCCAAAGCGUCAUGAAGGUAAACUGUCCUUCAUGAGGAGCAAACAAGUCAGUAACUUUAAUUUAUAUUGUCUUGGGAAAGAGAAAGAAUUACCUUUUAAAAUGAUCAUGACAUUGUUUGAUCCUGCUUCCAACUGGCUUCCUCCUUGUUAUAACGUUGAAGAAAUUGCAGCUGUUGAUCCAGAGAAGCUGAUAUCUGAAGAAGAACCAAGCUUUCCAAUUGGUCAGUGGGAUCCAAAUGAAGUAAACACAGAUACAUAUGAGUAUGCUGAUUCGUUAAGUGAUCUGAGUGAUGAUGAUGACUUUUACUCCAAUCCAUGUGAUUAUAGGAUGUCCUCAUUUAGUGCGCCUGUUGCUAAUACUGAUUCAGUCAUCAAGUCAUCUUUCUCUUUGCAAGAUCCUGAUGAUAUACCAAAACUGACAUAUUCAUUGAAAAAACCGAAGAAUCCUGCUCCAGACCUUCCGUAUGAGAUUCACACUCAACAAGGAUUGUCAGACAAAAGCAUCGCAGAUUGCAUUGAAGCAUUGAUUGGCUGCUACCUUGUGUCAUGUGGAUCAAGGAAUACUCUUCUGUUUAUGUCAUGGUUAGGUUUGAAGGUUCUGCCAACAGUUGAAUCAGAGGAGUCACAAAGCGAUGUUCCUUCACCUAUCGACAACCUGUUUGGGAAAAUUCAACAGCCACCAUCACCGUUCUUGAGUCAUGUACCACAUGCACAGGAGAAGUUAGCUUUUUUAUUGAAUGGAUUUGAUCAAUUUGAAGAGGGUAUCAGUUACUCAUUCAAAGACAAAUCUUACUUGCUUCAAGCCUUCACACAUGCUUCAUACCACAAAAAUGUCAUCACAGACUGCUAUCAAAGACUUGAGUUUUUGGGAGAUGCCAUCUUGGAUUAUUUGAUCACAUGUCACCUGUAUAACAACCACCAACAGUUGUCACCUGGUGCUCUCACAGACAUGCGUUCAGCGUUGGUCAACAACAAUAUCUUCGCAUCAUUAGCUGUCAAGUUUGAGUACCAUAAAUACUUCAAAGCUUUUAGUCCAGAGUUGUUUAGUAUCGUUGAUAGGUUUGUCGAGUUCCUGAACAAGAAGGAUGAAAUCCAAGGAAUGGAUUCGCAGUUGACUAUGGAUGAGGCUGAUGAAGAAGAAGAAGGGGAGGAUAUUGAAGUACCAAAAGCUCUUGGUGACAUCUUUGAAUCUGUAGCUGGCGCCAUUUAUCUUGACAGCGGGAUGUCAUUGCAGGCAGUCUGGGAUGUGUACUAUAAGAUGAUGAGACCACAAAUAGAGAAGUUCGCGUGUGAGUUGCCAAUCUCACCAGUUCGUGAAUUACUUGAGAUGGAGCCAGAGACUGCCAAAUUUGGAAAACCUGUGAGAACAGUUGAUGGAAAGACCAGGGUUAUCGUAAGUGUUACUGGGAAAAGCGGUAAAGUUGAAUGGAAAGGAGUGGGACGUAACUAUCGUAUAGCUAAAGCAACAGCAGCACGUAGAGCGCUACGACAUCUUAAGAAUUCUAAGAAAUAGUGCAAUUUUGAGAUUUAAAUUAUAAUGAAAAUAAGAAAAGAAUACUGUUGUUACAAUUGUUCUAUAAAAUUGUUUUAUAUAUUUGUAAUGUUACCUUUGAUAAGAUGUGAAUUUAAUAUCACUAUUUGAAACUAUGCUGCAGAUUUCUUAUUCUUUUGUUUUUCCUCACAUGAUGUUGAACAAGAUUAGAAUGUUAUUUGUGUUCAAAACGAUAUAGAUCUCAAUCCCCGUGGUCCCAAGUGUUCACUGAGCUGUGGGAGUGUCCCGGAAAAUGAAAUGGGCACUCUCACUCGUUCAAGAAAACAAAAACAAUUUCCCUUAAAACUAACCCAUCAAAUUCAUGAUGUAUUGUUUGUUUUUACUACUGUAUUAUCUAUUGUUUCUUGGAAAUAAUCUGGCAAAAGGCAUAUGUGUAGAAAAAUGGAGUUAGAUGUGGUCCGGGAAGCGGCACUUAACCAGAACUCCCGGAAGUGGCUUCUUCCAACUUGGGACCCCUGUGAUCCAGUGAUGGCUUUGAAAGCUUGUAGUUUGUAGUCUUUAGCAUUUGUAUUACAACUGGUAGUUGAAACUUGGUGGGGGUGGGGUUGGGGAGGGCAUUCAAAUUAUCAAUAUUUUCAUGAGCGAUUUUUUUAAAUAUUUUUUUAUUGUAAAAUCUUGUCAAUUUGAAUUUCAUAAUGGUACAUUAAUGUUGGAUUAGUUUUUUGCAUGUGUUUUAUACCAGGAAAUAUAAAACAGGAAGAUAUAUAUUAAUAACAGUAUAAAAUAAAAGGUUAUCUGAAUGUACUUUAAGUUAAACUUAGUGGAAUAAAUUAUUUAAUUUGAUAAUCAUUUUGCCCUGUAUUGUGCAGAUCUAAGUCACCUACUAGAUCUUAGUCUUUAAUAAUUAUAUAUUAUAAUUUAUUAUAAUUAUUUAAUAAUGGUCUUUCAGUUUUUAUUAUUGCAUGUAACACCAGUCAUAAUGAUCAUCUAUAUCAAUCUACCAGCCUUGUUUGUUCCGUAUGGAUUCCACAAUGCUGUUAAUACAGCACUACCCAAAAGAGACUAAUCACCUUUAGAUACUGGUUAUUAUCGAGUACUGUAAGACCUUGUUAACUAGACAUUGUACUUAGAUGUCAAAUUUUUGGAAGCUUCUAAACCAAAUUGUACACCCAUAAUACUAUUACAUUAUUGAUAACUAUGCUUCGCAGAAUUCUGGUUGGCUUUUAGAAUGGUCGUAUUGUGUUUUCAACAUUGGACUGAUUUAGUUUACUGAAUGAGUAGGCUUAAGCCCUGACCACACUAUCAAAUUUUGCUGUGACAUGCCUAAAUAUCGUCCUGAUGACACCACAUCAUGACCAUAUAUAGGCACAUCAUGUCUAUAUAUGGGUAUAGAAAAUUUGGUAGUCUGGACAGACCUUUAUACAGUAAUACUAUAUCCAAUAGCAUGAUUGUAUUCCCUUGUAUUGUCACAACAUAAACACCAGGGGCGGAUUUAGGGAGGGUCAUGUUCUCCCGGUAUUACCACUGCCAUCUUAUUUUUUAACAUAAAAAGAUACAAAAUGGGAUAUAGAUACUAAAUGUUACAAUAUUUCGUAACGGUAUAUACACGAAUCAUACCAUUAUUGGAUACAUAUUUAUCUUUUAUAAUUACAUUGCAUAUAGGCCUAUAUGAAAUUGGUGCCCCUCCGUUGAAAAAUUGCUGGAUCCGCCCCUGAAUGCCUACCUACAUCAGCUAUGGUUUUAUUUGUUUUAUAUUAUAAAAGUUUACUUCUUUAUUGUUAUUUCUGGUUAUACACUAUGUAACAGACGAUUAAGUACUACUACGUUAGUACAUAUACAUGUUUUCUGUUAUUGCUGAAGGUAUGAUCUAUUAAACAGGUGUUCAGAGGCGAUUGUUUAAA